AUGACAGAACCAGGUAUUGCAUCAAGUACUGGCUCCCAAUUUACUUCUGACUUGCGGCGCCGAAAUGUUCAGCGUACUGAGGGGCCUAGUUUGGUGCAUGAUGACACCAAAAAGGUUGAAAAAGAAAUGCAUUUAGAGCCCGAUUCUAUCUUGCCAGUGCUAGAUCGCUGGGAACCAUUGAUCGUACCAAUUUUGUUGACAGCUCUAUCAAUUUUUACUCGCAUGUAUCGCAUUGGUCGGUCGAACAUUGUGACCUGGGAUGAAGCCCAUUUUGGCAAGUUCGGUUCACAUUACCUUAAACGCGAGUUCUACUUCGAUGUUCAUCCCCCUCUGGGAAAGAUGCUAGUUGGUUUGUCGGGGCUUCUUGCUGGCUACAAUGGAUCGUUUGAGUUUAAAUCCGGUGAAAAAUACCCGGAUGAUGUUAACUACACAUUCAUGCGUGCGUUUAAUGCGGCAUUUGGUGUGGUAACACUUGCAAAGCAUCUCAUGGCUCGAGUUGCGAAUCUGAGGGGCACGGAUGUUGGAAAAGACAGCCCUCUUGAGAUAGCUAUUGGAUCUCGAGUCACGCUUAAGAACAUGGGCUAUGGUGGUGGACUUCUACACUCACAUAUCCAGACAUAUCCAGAGGGUUCUACCCAACAACAAGUUACCUGCUAUCACCACAAAGAUGCGAACAAUGAUUGGUUCAUCUAUCCCAAUCGCCACGAACCAGAUUAUGAUCCUCAUGCUCCUCUAAGAUUUAUUAGUGAUGGUGACUUAAUUCGACUUAUACAUGGACAGACAGGCCGAAACUUACAUUCCCAUGCCAUUCCUGCUCCAAUAACCAAAUCCCAGCAUGAAGUGUCUUGCUACGGAAAUAUUACUAUCGGCGAUGACAAGGAUCAUUGGGCAAUUGAGGUUGUUGAUGAUGUGGCUUCUAAGGAUAGGAGCAAAAUUCGAACUCUUACAACAGCUUUCCGGUUGCGACACCCUGUUUUGGGGUGUUAUUUGCGAGCGGGCAAUGUUAAUUUACCUCAGUGGGGCUUUAAACAAAUCGAAACAACAUGCGUCAAAGAGAAUAAACUUAGCGACGUUUACACUCACUGGAACAUUGAAUCUCAUUUCAAUGAUCGAUUGCCUCCUGGGGACCCAGGAUCCUACAAAUCUCCUUUCCUGAAAGACUUCAUUCAUUUGAAUGUCGCUAUGAUGACAUCUAAUAACGCGCUUGUCCCAGAUCCAGAUAAACAGGAUGACCUUGCUUCGAAGUUUUGGCAGUGGCCAAUCCUUAACGUUGGUCUCCGUAUGUGCUCUUGGGACGAUAAUACGAUCAAAUACUACCUCCUCGGCAAUCCACUUGUGUACUGGGGAAGCACUUUCAGUCUUGGAAUUUUUGGACUUUUGAUCAUUUGGUACCUAGUACGUUGGCAGCGUGGCUAUAGGGAGCUCAGCCAGGCAGAUAUUGAUCAUAUCCAUUAUUCUGGUCUGUAUCCAGCUAUCGGAUGGAUUCUACACUAUCUGCCAUUUGUUAUCAUGGCUCGGGUAACUUAUGUUCACCAUUACUAUCCAGCACUCUACUACGCCAUUCUUACCUUCGGGUUCUGCAUUGACUGGCUCACUCAAAAACUGAACAACAAAUUCCGCUGGGUGUUGUACGCAUGCCUAUACACUACUAUCACCGGGAUGUUUAUGUAUUUCAGGGUUAUUGUGUUUGGCAUCGAAGGACCCAGCCAAGAAUGGAGUCACUUAAAUUGGCGAAGUGGCUGGCGAAUUUAA